AUGCUAGUAGUCGAGCCUGAUGACUGGUGGCUAGAGUCUCAUCAGAGAUUGGAGGCUGUAGAUGAGGAGAUCACUUGGAUUGUGUUCCGUAGGGAGUUCUUAAGGAAGUACUUUCUGGAGGAUGUUCGUGGCAAGAAGGAAAUCGAAUUCCUUGAGUUGAGACAAGGGAAUAAGUCGAUUGUUGAGUAUGUUGCUAAGUUUGGAGAGUUGGCUAAAUUCUACCAACACUACGAUGGACCAACUGGUGAAUUUUUGAAGUGCAUCAAUUAUCGGAUCUAUGAGGAGUACAACAAUGCUCAUUAUCGGGUUAUUAGUGAGAAGCGAGGAAAGAGUCAGCAAAGUCGUGGCAAGCCUUAUGAUACUCAAGUUGGCAAGAGUAAGCAGAAAGCUAUUGAGGGCAAGAGGACUAGUGGGGGAGAUGCUCCUGCUGGUCCUGUGUGUUUCUAG